UUUUUCUGGUAGUGUUUGGGGAACCCCCAGCCGUACAUGGCGCACUCUGCCCCGGACACUAUGGAACAGGCCGGCUCCAUCCGGGUGGAGCACGAUAGGAAGAGGAGGCAAUUCUCUGUACGGCUCAAUGGCUGCCACGACAGAGCGGUUCUGCUGUACGAGUAUGUAGGAAAGAAGAUUGUGGAUCUGCAGCACACAGAGGUGCCUGAUGCCUUCAGAGGCAGAGGAAUUGCUAAACACCUUGCCAAGGCUGCUAUGGACUUUGUGGUAGAGGAGGAUCUGAGGGCGCAUCUGACCUGCUGGUACAUUCAAAAAUAUGUGAAGGAAAAUCCCCUCCCUCAGUACCUGGAACGAUUGCAGCCUUAGUCUGGAUGCUCCAGAACACCCUUCUUAUACCAGCGUAUGGAGCACACUCUACCCAGACAUUGGUGGGUCUCCUAGAUGGAGGGCGGCCAUAUGAGGACAAUUGUUUGGCAUGUGCCAUGGCUGAACUCUCAUGAGAUAGGACAUGUGAGGGAACUGCUGCCUCUGUGAAUGCUCUGGCUUUGGGAGGUGUCUGGUGUUGCUCACUGUAUGCUGUGACCGACCAGAGCACUUUGUACUUUUGUGUAGGGAAUCUCUGCUCUGGGUUUGUUUUGUGUCAUUACCUUACAAGAGAGGAUAUUGGGUGCCAGCCUUUAUCGCAUGUCCCAUCAGGUGGUGAUAUGGAACUGUACAUCAGCUGGAGACAAAGUCUUGUUGGGUUAUCAAGUGCUACAUCACAAACUUUGUCAGCAAUGGAGAAUAAUGUGACCACUCCUAAUAUUUAAAGCUUCUAUAUCUGGUGUUUAUACAAGCAACACUUCCUGAUGGGCUGCUGCUGUAUGGCUGGGUCCCUCUGCUAGUAAGAGGUUCUGAAGGGUGUAACCUACAUACGUCCUCAGACUGGGGCUGUCAUUAUGUAGAAGCUACCACUGUCAGUGAUACUCGGGGCAACCAACCUACGUCCUUAGACUUGAGCUGUCAUUAUGUAGAAGCUACAAGUGCAGUUAAUUGACUUUCUGUACGUUGUCAUGUUACAAUUUGUCCCUCGUCCUGUAUUUAUUGGCCCAUCUGUAAACCCCAAACUUUUCUUUCAUGAUUUGGAUAGAAUAUACCAUUUUAAACAACUUUCCAAUUUACUUCUAUUAGGUAAUUUGCUUCAUUCUCUUGUUAUCCUUUCCUGAAGGAACAGCAUUUCACUACUCGCAACUAGAUGAACACAUCUGGUUAGCCAAUCACAAGAGACAAAUGUGUGCAGGCACCAAUCAGCAGCAGCUCUCUCUAGUGUAGGAUAUGUGCAUUUUUUCAACAAGGGAUACCAAGAGAACAAAGCACAUUUGAAAAUAGAAGUGAAUUUAAGUGUUUUACAAUUACACGCUCUAUCUGAAUCAUGCAAGUUUACUUUAAACCCCAGGAAACCGCUUAAAGGGAUAGGAUAGUAAAAAUCAAAUUAAAAUGUAAUUCCUCAUAAAUGAUUUUAGAUAAUAAAUAUAAAACAUGAAUUAUUUUUCUUGCUUCCGCACACUCCCUAGAGACGGUGAAACUCAAAUUCAUUAAGUUAAAGUGAAUGUAAACUUUCAAGAAUCAGUGGCCGGUUUUUAAAAAUACAAUUAAAAACAUGUUAUGCUACAUGUUAUUCAGUGAUUGCUCGGAGCAGUGCACAGCAAAGGGAGACAAGUUAUCAAGUGAUACUAAAAGUCACGAGAUUUAAAUGCUUAUAAAACCUUUUUUUGUGCAGCUCGUUGUGUAAUUGCUGAUGUUUUCUGUGCACAUAUAAAACAGGCUUUAAUGUUCUUUUAAGCCACUUAAAGGGACAGUAAAAAGGUUGAGAUUGUAACAUAAAUGUGUAAAACAACUAGGAAGAUUUCUGUGGCUAGAGGCUCAGUGACUUUGUCUCCAGCUAAUGUACCCAUGAUCACGGCUUGUGUAGGACAUAGACUCUGCCUGCAGCUGGUGCUUCCGGCUUUGUGUCACAGGGGCUGCUGGGAUAACGUAUGCUGCAUACUGACCACAUGGAACACUCAUCGGAGAUACACCCGAGGUCAGUGAAUCUCCCAGUCUCUGGAUGUUCUAUGCAGCAGCCCUGGUUUUGUCACCAAGUGCUCCACUCGGUGACGUAGGGAGUGUUACCUGACCUUUCUUCCUCAGGUGGUGGAGGCUGGAGCAGCUCUUCCAGUGAAUUGGUGCUAUGUGUUUAUUCCCUAAAUGCUGCCCUGAGAAGACCUCACUCCUGUGCCCUCGGCCAUCGCCAGCUGUGUUGCAUUUAUUCAUCACACCUACAUACAAGUUACCGCGUGUCCCUUAUGUUUGUGUGUCACAUUUAUUUAUUGCUAGAGAUGGGGGCGUCUCAUCAGACAGGUUACUUAUAGGCCGGGGAGCCCCAGAGCAGGAAGCUUACAGGGCUGAAGGCUGAUGUGAUAACAUUGUGCAUAUGCAAGUACUCAUGGGGGUAACCUUUAUUAUGCACAAAAUAGUUUUAAUUCAAAGUUGUUUAUUUUCAUUUUGAUACUAACACAGUGUUCUCCAUAGAAAACCUUGCCACUGGGUGGGGGCAGUGUAUUACUUGGCACUUUUUAUAACAUUUUCUUCUAUCUAAAGCACACAUUAAUUGCAUAAUUUAACAUCAAUGUAUUUAAUGAUAAUUUGUCCAAUAAACAUAAAAAAAAAGAGUAAGUUCCAAGAGAGAAGACUAAACAAAUAUAGGUUUGUACAGUACUGGUUCUGUUUGUUAAAACUCACUGGCGGAAAAGUGAAACUCCCAAAUCUCUAUUGGUGGAUAGUGACGCGCUACAAGCUUAAAGGGACACAAAACCCACUUUUUUUUUUCCUGAUUCAGAUAGCUACAUUUAGCCACCAAUCAGCAAGCGGUACCCAGGUGCUGAACCAAAAAAUGGUCCGGCUCCUAAUCUUACAUUCCUCCUUUAUAAAUAAAGAUAUCAAGAGAAUGAAGAAAAAUUGACAAUAGGAGUAAAUUGGAAAGUUCCCUAAAAUUGCCUGCUCUUUCUGAAUCAUGAAAGAAAAAAAAUUGGGGUUGUGUCCCUAUGAAAACAAUAUUUUAGAGGGGGUUCCCUAAAGACAAAAAAUUUAAAUUGUCCUUUUUUUUUUUUUUUAUAUGCAACAAAAAUUGACUUAAUGAGUCUAAUAUCCAGCAAGCAGCAGACCUGUGCCUGUUACAUUAGAAAGCUGAGAAGAUAAUAUUAGAUCAGAAGUACAUGCAUGUCAUACACCCACAUAACGCAGUGGCAUGCACAUACAGAUAACGUCACAUGUGGGCGCAUGCAGCACCACUCACACACACACAAUGUCAUACACUCAUGCAGCGCCACUCACACAUAAUAUCCAGCAUGCAUGCAGCGCCACACACACACACAAUGUCAUACACUCAUGCAGCGCCACUCACACAUAAUAUCCAGCAUGCAUGCAGCGCCACACACACAUAAUAUCCAGCAUGCAUGCAGCGCCACACACACACACAAUGUCAUACACUCAUGCAGCGCCACUCACACAUAAUAUCCAGCAUGCAUGCAGCGCCACACACACAUAAUAUCCAGCAUGCAUGCAGCGCCACACACACAUAAUAUCCAGCAUGCAUGCAGCGCCACUCACACAUAAUAUCCAGCAUGCAUGCAGCGCCACUCACACAUAAUAUCCAGCAUGCAUGCAGCGCCACACACACGCACAAUGUCCUGAACGCAUGCAGCGCCACUCACACAUAAUAUCCAGCAUGCAUGCAGCGCCACACACACGCACAAUGUCCUGAACGCAUGCAGCACCACUCACACAUAAUAUCCAGCAUGCAUGCAGCGCCACACACACGCACAAUGUCCUGAACGCAUGCAGCGCCACUCGCACACAUGUCAUACACGCAUGCAGCGCCACUCACACACAUGUCAUACACGCAUGCAGCGCCACUCACACACAUGUCAUACACGCAUGCAGCGCCACACACACACACACACACAGUCAUACACGCAUGCAGCGCCACUCACACACAUGUCAUACACGCAUGCAGCGCCACACACACACACACAAUGUCAUACACGCAUGCAGCGCCACUCACACACAUGUCAUACACGCAUGCAGCGCCACUCACACACAUGUCAUACACGCAUGCAGCGCCACUCACACACAUGUCAUACACGCAUGCAGCGCCACUCACACACAUGUCAUACACGCAUGCAGCGCCACACACACACACACAGUCAUACACGCAUGCAGCGCCACUCACACACAUGUCAUACACGCAUGCAGCGCCACACACACACACACAAUGUCAUACACGCAUGCAGCGCCACUCACACACAUGUCAUACACGCAUGCAGCGCCACUCACACACAUGUCAUACACGCAUGCAGCGCCACUCACACACAUGUCAUACACGCAUGCAGCGCCACUCACACACACACACACAGUCAUACACGCAUGCAGCGCCACUCACACACAUGUCAUACACGCAUGCAGCGCCACACACACACACACAAUGUCAUACACGCAUGCAGCGCCACUCACACACAUGUCAUACACGCAUGCAGCGCCACUCACACACAUGUCAUACACGCAUGCAGCGCCACUCACACACAUGUCAUACACGCAUGCAGCGCCACACACACACACAAUGUCAUACACGCAUGCAGCGCCACUCACACACAUGUCAUACACGCAUGCAGCGCCACUCACACACAUGUCAUACACGCAUGCAGCGCCACACACACACAAUGUCCUGAACGCAUGCAGCGCCACUCACACAUAAUGUCAUACAUGCAUGCAGCACCACUCACACACAUGUCAUACACGCAUGCAGCGCCACACACACACAAUGUCCUGAACGCAUGCAGCGCCACACACACACAUAAUGUCAUACACGCAUGCAGCGCCACACACAAAUGCCCUGCACGCAUGCAGCGCCACACACACACAUGUCAUACACGCAUGCAGCGCCACUCACACACAAUGUCCUGAACGCAUGCAGCGCCACACACACAUAAUGUCAUACACGCAUGCAGCGCCACUCACACACAUAAUGUCAUACACGCAUGCAGCGCCACUCACACAUAAUGUCAUACACGCAUGCAGCGCCACACACACACACAUAAUGUCAUACACGCAUGCAGCGCCACUCACACAUAAUGUCAUACACGCAUGCAGCGCCACACACACACACAUAAUGUCAUACACGCAUGCAGCGCCACUCACACAUAAUGUCAUACACGCAUGCAGCGCCACUCACACAUAAUGUCAUACACGCAUGCAGCGCCACACACAGAUGUCCUGCACGCAUGCAGCAACUUAUACACACACACAAUGGCAUGCAUGCACAAAUAUGCAGCAGCACGCACACAGUCAUACACAUCACAUGUACACAGAGCAGCACACAUAUACAUCACCCCACACUCGCAGGCAGCGGCACAUACACACAUCUCACGCAGGCAUGCACAACGUCACACAUACAUAUUGCAUUACACGUGCAGCGUCACGCACACCUAGCAUUACACAAUAUACUACAAAUACUCCCAGCCAGCUACACACUGUGCUUCCUGCUCUCUGGUCUGCGUGUCCCUAUCUGGUGCCUUUUCCUAUCUAGGACGUGUCGCACGUUCUUGUUCCCACCCCUGUAUCCUCCUCCUGAUUUAAUUUUGUCCAUCUGUUGGUUCUGUUGCAUGAGUAGAAUAAAUGUUACUAAUGUCUGUGGUUAUGUAUCUGGUCUGUAUGCAGGUAUAGAACCUAUAAAGAAAAUGAUUUUGUAUAAA